AUGUUGGAAGCCGAGAGAAUUCUCCGGCAAUCAAAUCUUCAGCAGCUUGGGCCAACUGACGCUGUGAUCUUCGGCGAAGUGCACAACCUUACUCAACUCGUUCCCGAUAUUCGAUGGGGCUCGCAACACCUAGAAGGCCUUUUUGACUGGUACACCUAUCGAUCUGCCCAAGGCAAAAGCAUUACCCUAUUGGGAUGCAGAGAGGGACUCUGGGGCGAGGCGGCAGGUUCCCUGAUUCGCGUACUGCAAGAAGUGUCGAACACACAAUAUGUCUUCUACAUUGGCAAGGUCGGGUCGUUGGUUGAGGAAUUUACCGCUAAUGAGUGGGUUGCCACGGGAAACGAAUCGUUUUUGGGGGGUGCAAGUCUAUCUUGGAAUAACCCUCUACAAGAGGCUGCAGAAUUCUCGAAUAUGGUGGUGCAAGGAACCCACGUUUCAGUUCCAUCACCGUUGUGCGAGACUAAAGAAUGGUUACAACAACAGCAAAGAACGUGUUCCUGGGUUGACUGCGAAUCGUGGCAUAUGGCAAAGGCAGCCUCAGAGGUUGGCGUCAAGUUUGGGUAUCUCCACAUUGUCUCUGACAACCUCGUUGAUGAGGAUAACGAGAAUCUGUCAAAUGAGGACUGCGACGAUACUCAAAACAAGAGAGAGAUUCUGUAUAGAGCCAUCGAGAAAGUUCUACGAAAGUUCGUGGAAAAUUGGGGCCCAUAA